AUGCUUGAACUGCAAUUGGAGGUGAAUAAACUGCAGUUAGAGGCCAAGGAGAAGGACGAAAGAAUGCUUGAAAUGCAACGGCAAGCACUCGACAGACUUGCCAACCUUCAAAAGAAAGCUGAAGCUAUCCUUGUCCAGAACUUUGAGCUACAUGAAUAUCCAAUCCCUCGACUGUUUAUCAUUUUACCUGCCGAUCGCGCCAAGUGGGAUCCAAUGAAUGUCUUGAGGAACAAGGUGCGCCUUCAUUUCUUAUGCGAACAUAGGGAUCAUACCGCAAAGACAGAGAGGAACUGUCAGGACCAAAUCCACCUUGCCAGACAUGAAGGAUAUGAGAUCCGGAACAGCACAGAGUUCUUUCAAAAGUAUGGAAAGCACAUGAUCAUCCUGUUGCAGUGGUUCAAGUUGGGGAUGGGAACACCUUCAGGUGCUUCUCUGACACCUGUCCCAAACCUGUUAAAUGUUGGCAUUAAUUACUCGAUCAAAUAUAUGGAGCAGCUAUCUAAGGACAAUCCAGCUCUGAACAACAUUAACGCAAUCGAUGACUUUGAAGCACUUGAAGGAGCAGAUCUUCGUCAAUUGAGUAAAUUUCUUCAAACCAAGGAUGAAGACUGGCAACUUGGCAACCUGUACAGGAUUACGACAGAAACAGGCCACGUCAGAUGGGUUUGUGUCGACCACUAUCGCUCGACAUAUAAAGAAAGAGAACAGGAAGCAUUUGAAAAUGUAGUGGAGAUGAAUCGUGGCAAGUAUGACUCGCACCUUGGCAAAGUCAUUAUCAAAUUGAGAUCCAGAACCACAGCAGGAGAAUUCUACAAUGCUCUGGCCAAUGCAAAACAUGUGUACGAGAUGGAUAUUGCAUUAUAUUGGGAUUGGACCCAGACAGACCUUGAAGCAUUAGAGAAGGCUCUAAGAGUGUCGAGUGUAUCGGUUCUUCGACUUGAUCUUGGGUUGUCUCAAGAAAGCACUACCAGGAAACUACUUUCAACAUCCACACGAUAUGAGAGGCUUGUUCGUAUUAUAGAACUACGCAAGAUGAAAUCGAUUUGUAUAGUACUAUCUCCAGAUCUGGUCAAGCUUUCGAAUUUACCAAGUGGAAAACUGCCACAUCUUCAUGAGCUAUCCUUUGAGGUAAAGCCUUGGGUGUUCGGAGCUAACAAUAUCCGAACACUUGUAAAUUCACUCAAGACCGAAGUGGCCUUGACUACUUUGGAUUUAUGGGGUACUACGAUUGGAAAGAAAGGAGCUCUGACACUCUCAGAGGCACUCAAGACAAACACAACUUUGACAAGAUUGAGCUUGGGAAGCAACUCAAUUGGGAACGAAGGAGCUCUGGCGCUCUCAGAGGCACUCAGGGCUAACAAGGCUUUGACAAGUUUGGAUUUGCAAGGCAACUUAAUUGAGAAAGAAGGAGCUAUGGCACUCUCAGAGGCACUCAAGACAAACAAGGCUUUGACAAGCUUGUACUUGUUUGCCAACUCAAUUGAGAAAGAAGGAGCUCUGGCACUCUCAGAGGCACUCAAGGCAAACACAACUUUGACAACUUUGAGCUUGGGGAAGCAACUCAAUUGGGCCUGA